GGGUCCGAGCUCCCCUGCCUGGGCUGCGCUCCCAGGGACCUGCGCGCCCGCCAUGGCCGUGAACCGGUUGGGGAGGCCCUGCGAGUGAGGGCAGUCAUGGAGGAGGAGGCGCGGCCCGCGGCGGGGGCCAGCGAAGCUGAGACCCCUGCACGAGAGACGUCUCCUGUAGCUCCCGCCCAGGCCCGCGCGGCCUCAGGUGGGGUACCAGAGUCUGCGACCGAGUCGAAAAGGCGACAGCUCGGGACGCUGCUGCAGCCGACCGUCAACAAGUUCUCUCUUCGGGUCUUCGGCAGCCACAAAGCGGUGGAAAUCGAGCAGGAGAGGGUGAAGUCUGCCGGGGCCUGGAUCAUCCACCCCUACAGCGACUUCCGGUUUUACUGGGACUUGAUCAUGCUGCUGCUGAUGGUGGGGAACCUCAUAGUACUGCCUGUGGGCAUCACUUUCUUCAAGGAGGAGAACUCCCCACCCUGGAUCGUCUUCAAUGUCCUCUCUGACACUUUCUUCCUGCUGGAUCUGGUGCUCAACUUCCGAACUGGCAUCGUGGUGGAGGAAGGUGCGGAGAUCCUGCUGGCGCCGAGGGCCAUCCGAACGCGUUACCUGCGCACCUGGUUCCUGGUUGACCUGAUCUCCUCCAUCCCUGUGGAUUACAUCUUCCUAGUGGUGGAGCUGGAACCACGACUAGAUGCCGAGGUCUACAAAACGGCACGGGCCCUGCGCAUCGUUAGAUUCACCAAGAUCCUUAGCCUGCUGCGACUGCUCCGCCUCUCCCGCCUCAUUCGCUACAUACACCAAUGGGAGGAGAUCUUUCACAUGACCUACGACCUGGCCAGUGCAGUGGUUCGAAUCGUCAACCUCAUUGGAAUGAUGUUGCUGCUGUGUCACUGGGACGGCUGUCUGCAGUUCCUGGUCCCUAUGCUGCAGGACUUCCCUCCUGACUGCUGGGUCUCCAUGAACCGUAUGGUGAACCACUCGUGGGGCCGCCAGUAUUCCCACGCCCUGUUCAAGGCCAUGAGUCACAUGCUAUGCAUUGGCUAUGGGCAGCAGGCACCGGUCGGCAUGCCUGACGUCUGGCUCACCAUGCUCAGCAUGAUCGUGGGCGCCACAUGCUAUGCCAUGUUCAUCGGUCACGCCACUGCCCUCAUCCAGUCCCUGGACUCUUCCCGGCGACAGUACCAGGAGAAGUACAAGCAGGUGGAGCAGUACAUGUCCUUCCACAAGCUGCCAGCUGACACCCGGCAGCGCAUCCAUGAGUACUACGAGCAUCGCUACCAGGGCAAGAUGUUUGAUGAAGAGAGCAUCCUGGGGGAGCUGAGCGAGCCACUUCGGGAGGAGAUUAUUAACUUCACCUGCCGGGGCCUGGUGGCCCACAUGCCGCUGUUUGCUCAUGCUGACCCCAGCUUCGUCACCGCAGUACUCACCAAGCUCCGCUUUGAGGUCUUCCAACCUGGGGAUCUGGUGGUGCGUGAGGGCUCCGUGGGCAGGAAGAUGUACUUCAUCCAGCACGGGCUGCUCAGUGUGCUGGCACGGGGCGCCCGGGACACUCGCCUCACUGACGGAUCCUACUUUGGGGAGAUCUGCCUGCUGACUCGAGGUCGGCGAACAGCCAGUGUGAGGGCUGACACCUAUUGUCGCCUCUACUCACUCAGCGUGGACCACUUCAAUGCGGUGCUUGAGGAGUUCCCAAUGAUGCGCAGGGCUUUUGAGACUGUGGCCAUGGACCGGCUUCGGCGCAUUGGCAAAAAGAAUUCGAUAUUGCAGCGAAAACGCUCCGAGCCGAGUCCAGGCAGCAGCGGUGGCGUCAUGGAGCAACAUUUGGUACAACACGACAGAGACAUGGCUCGUGGUAUUCGGGGUCUGGCUCCUGGCACAGGAGCUCGACUCAGUGGAAAGCCAGUGCUGUGGGAACCACUGGUGCACGCGCCUCUGCAGGCAGCUGCUGUGACCUCCAACGUGGCUAUAGCCUUGACUCACCAGAGAGGCCCUCUGCCCCUCUCCCCUGAUUCUCCAGCCACCCUCCUGGCUCGAUCUGCUAGACGCUCAGCAGGCUCCCCAGCCUCCCCACUGGUGCCUGUCCGAGCAGGUCCUCUGCUGGCCCGGGGACCCUGGGCGUCCACUUCUCGCCUGCCCGCUCCACCUGCCCGAACCCUCCAUGCCAGCCUAUCCCGGACAGGGCGUUCCCAGGUGUCUCUUUUGGGCCCUCCCCCAGGAGGAGGUGCUCGGAGGUUAGGCCCUCGGGGCCGCCCACUCUCUGCCUCUCAACCCUCUCUGCCUCAGCGAGCAACAGGGGAUGGCUCUCCUAGGCGCAAAGGCUCCGGAAGUGAGCGCCUGCCCCCCUCGGGGCUCCUGGCCAAGCCUCCAGGGACAGUCCAGCCAUCCAGGUCAUCAGUGCCUGAGCCAGUUACCCCCAGAGGUCCCCAAAUUUCUGCCAACAUGUGAAAUCCUAGAUUACACUGGCCUUAGCUAUUGGCACGCAAUAAUGUGUGCCUGAGGUAGACACCCCUUGGGGAAGGCUGUGGGGAAUCGAACAUACUGCCCUUUACUACCACAAAGCUGUUCUGUGUCCUCAGCUCAAAGCAGCUGCAGCCUGCUAAUCCAACCACAUACCCAUUUGUCAUAGGAACCCAGUGCCUACCAUGUUCAAGGCAUUGUGCUAGGUACUGUGCAUCCACUGCCAAGUAGAAGUGACUCGAAGCCCUUUAACAAGGGUGUCCCCCAGGCCAUGGUCCUGCCAGGUGCAGGCCUGGGCCCACAGCCCUGCCUUUAUUAAGCACAAGUACUUGCUGCCUCCAUCACUGCCAAGUAACUAGAUGGCUGUCUCCCUGUCAGUAACCCUGCAGGUUGUGCUCAGUGUCCUAUCUUCCCAUCCCCUUUGUCGUAGCUGGGUACUGUCAAUUAUCUAGUACAGCCAACAGAUGUCUAGGGCCCUCUCACUGCCACGUGUGGGCCCUCCUUGUCUACACCAAGUGAGACUUGGAGUCUGCCCACUGUAGCCUGCCCUCCGCGGCUCCUGUAUGGACGCACUACCUUUGUAAGCUAGAAGCUGCUCUUCACUGUGCUCACUGCCUCAGUGGAGUCGCCCCUACAGCUAAGGGAUGCUUGGCACCUCCUGACUGACUGUGCCAGUCUAGCUCCCCCCAGGUUGGGGGCAAGGGGCUGAAUCCUUGUGUGACCUUUAAUCUUUCCCUCUUUGUCUUAUUUAUUCAGUUGUUUAUUAAUUUUAUUUAUUCAUUUGCUAAUUUGA